AUGUCUGCUACGACCACCACAGUCGCGACCGCCACUCUUGUCGGAACAUCUACUAUGAAGGCUGUCGCUACAGUCACAAAUAGCCACUGUCCAGCAUGUGGAUAUGGCGACUCAUUUGAUCCUUCCGAGGCUCAACUCCGGAUCCAGGAGUUAGAGGGGCAGAUUCAGGACUUGACCCAUCGUGUUGCCUUAGAUGCAAACAAACUCGCCGACUAUGAAGACGAGAUUGCACGUCUACGCAAAUCCCAAACCUCCCACAGAACUUCCUACGACACACCCCGAAAUAGCACCUCUCCACCAACCUCCUCCCAUACCAACAAAUCAACUCUCUCACCAACCCAAACAAAACCAGACGCUUUCUCCCAACCAACAACAUACCACAGCCGCCUCUCAACACUCACCUCCCUUCUCCCUUACCGCCGCGGGAGCUCAACAACCAGCGCCUCCGCAACCACUACAACACCCCUACCAGCAACCCCAACCUCGAUCCCACCCAACCCCCUCCAACAAUCAUCCCCAGCAAACAGCGACAACGCCGAGCUUCAAGACGCAUUGUCACGCGAACAAAGUCUCCGCAAAGCAGCCGAGUCCCAGCUCUCUCUUGCCAGCAAUGAGCUAGAAGAGCUAACAGUACAGCUUUUCAGCCAAGCAAACGAAAUGGUCGCGCAAGAGCGAAAAGCGCGGGCAAAGCUCGAAGAACGAGUUGCCAUACUCGAGCGUCGAGAUAUUGAGAAACGGAGUCGAUUGGACAAAUUGGAGAAAUCCAUGGCGAGGGUGGAUAGGUUAAAAGCGUUGGUUAAUUCGUGA